GCACCCAUGCCCUACUUGUUCACUGUCCCUUGAACUGUGUAGCUUUUCGAUAUUUUCCUCAUUGUCUUCUCACAAGGCUCCCUCUUCUGUCCUAAGAAAAUAAUAAUAUCUGAGUCCAACUCUUGUGGCUCCGUUUGUAGUUUAUAGAAAUUCCGCAUGAAGUCACCCUGAGCCUGCAGUAUCAAAAGAGACUACUUUGCAUACUAUAUGAGGGACAUUUGCAUACUCGGGAAAGUCAAGUAGGGGUCAGUGAUCGGUCAAAGGUCAAACUACGACAUUACAUCACCUGUGCGGCCGGGUGUAACGCAUGUGGUGACUCGACAAGAAUAUACUGUAGAAGUAAACGGACAGUGUGGAAAUAUUGACCGCCCCACGAUGGUUACCACAUGCAGAAAGGUUUGCGACCAUUUAAUCCACGGAAAGGGCCUCCUACUCUCGCUGGUGGCGGCGAUAGGCCUGACCGUGAGCCCCGUGUUGAGUAGGCGGGCCGCAGACGUCGGUGUGCCGGGGUUCCAGCUGGUCCUAGUGAACGAGCUAUCUAACCUGGCGCUCUUCCUACCCUUGGCGUUGAUCUUCAGGGUUCCGUUCCGAGGAAACGACUGGAAACAGACGGUUCUGAUGUUGUCCAACGGUGUAUUGAGAGUGGCGGGCACAACGUCUGUUGUUGUGUCAGUGCUGCUCAUACCGCCAGGUAACAGCUUUGCUAUUGGCCAGGGAGCGGCAGCCCCGAUAUUCAGUAUGGCGCUGGCAUGGCUGAUCAUGAGAGAGGCUCCGGGAUGGCCGAACGUCAUCGGUAUAGUCUUCCAGAUUGCCGGCGUCAUCAUGGUCGUAUUCGGUGGAAAAGCAACUCUCGAUUCGUCCUCUGAACAUUCGUGCACAACGAACUGUACUUCCCUCUCGUUGUUUGAAAAUGGAACCGGUUACAAUGUUACGGGUGUUACAAACAACACUGCGAUAGAUGAAGAAAGUUUCACAAAACUUAUACCAGACGCAUUCGCUGCGUACGUUGUAGGAAAUCUUCUCGCUAUUCUAGGACCGUCGUUGCUGGCGUUAGUAGAUGUCAUUAACAGAAGAAGCAUGAAAGAUAACGCUAAGUUGACAGUUCUUCUGCUUGUUGAGACUUGGGGGACUGUGUUCAUCUUACCCCUUAUGUUUCUCUUGUCAACGCCGAAAUGGAACCUUGAGGCAGAUCUUGUGCUUAGUCUUGUAGGACAAGGUGUUAUUUGGACGCUUUCAGUAGGAUGUCUAUACACCGGCCUCAACACAGAGAAGGCAUCCACAGUGUACCUUAUGUUAGGCCUUAGCACGGUUCUAGGGUACGUUUUACAGUACUUUGUCAUUCAUAUCACUCCGCAGACGUUAGAACUGUUGGGUGCGGCCGUUAUUGUUCUGACCAUAGUCGUUGUUGUUGGACUCACGUGGAGACAAAAUGCGAGAAAGGGAAAGAAAGAAGAUAAGGAUGAAGAAGAGAAUGUGCAAGUCAAGGAUAAACUGAUAGCCGGCGUUGAUGAUAUUUGUAAGGAAACAUCUGUAUAAGACUACUAAUUACAAGAAACUCAUCACAAAAACAUGGUUGACCACAAGAUGUGAUGAAAACUGUAUUGACCACAAGAUGUACAUGUGAUGAAAUUGAAAAGCAACAUGUAACAAUGAAUUCGUUUGAAUUAUGUUUUCUUCAUGAACAUAUAUCGCCAACAUAUCAAACUAAGCUGUGAAAUCUGCAUAUUUCUUGACAGUUUGGCCCCAUCCCAACAUACAGAGCAGUCUUGACUGUCAAUCACAACCAGCAGUUCAAUUGAUGAUAACAUGUCAGUUAGCGGUUCGACCGAUGAAAGUAUGGCUGCAUGUCCGUCAAAUAUUUGAAUUUUUUCAUGUUUUUACUUUACAUUUAUACGUUUUGACGGAAUAGAACUUAUUGGUCUGUUGGAAUUUUGUCCUGUUCAAAUUCAUCUCCGUGGCAAUACGAAAAUUUGAGCUUUCUUUUUGUCUUUACUUGAUAUUGCUAUACUCAACAUGUGCUUCGCCACGAUCAAAGAGAAGAACUAGUGCGUAAAACAGGCAUGACGUCACCUUGUACGCCAUGCAAACGGCCAAUAGAUAGAGUCCAAAAUAUCUGUUGACGUACAGCAAACACGAGCCCCCAU